AAUGCCAACUAUUUUUUGGUUGGAAGGGGACAUCAUCAAUCCAAAAACCCUGCUAGAAAAGGAAAACAAGGGAAGCGGAAUCAUUCUUCCUCGAUGACGGAGAAACGAGAAUUCCCGGCGUUUCCGUACAAGCCGUAUUCGAUCCAAAUCGAUUUCAUGAAUGCGCUCUAUCAGUUUCUGGACAAUGGAGGCGUUUCCAUGCUCGAAAGCCCCACUGGUACUGGAAAAUCUCUAAGCAUUAUCUGCAGUGCUCUCCAGUGGUUGAUUGACCGCAAGGAGAAGGGCAACUCUGAUUUAACUGAAGACUCCGACAAGGUUGGUGCUGAGGACGAGCCCGAUUGGAUGAGAGAUUUCACUCUCAACGAUAAUAGAACCAUUGAUGAUGAUGACAAGAGCUCCAAAUCCUCAUUUCGGCUCAGGAAACAUGCCAAGGAAAGGGUUCCCCAACUUUUCCCUAACCCCACCACGGAAGGCGACGUUUCUGUAAGCAAAUACGAGGCCGAUCUCAACGAUCAAGAAUUUUUGUUGGAAGAUUACCAAAGCGAAGAUGACUCAUCUCGCAAGUCCAAGAGAAAAACUGCCGGAGGUUUUGACAGUUCAUCAGAGGAUGAGGACGACGAGAAUGGGUGCUCCGAUGACGAACAAGGACCCAAGGUUUUCUUUUGCAGCCGAACACAUUCACAGCUUUCCCAAUUCGUCAAGGAGUUGCGCAAGACUGUGUUUGCCAAAAAUAUCAAUGUUGUUUGUCUCGGCUCCCGAAAGAACUUGUGCAUAAAUGAAGAUGUUCUUAAGCUUGGUAAUGUGACCCGAAUCAGCGAGAGGUGCUUAGAGUUACAAAAGAAGAAGAAAUCUCAAGUCUCUAAAAAGAAGAAUUUAGGUACAAAUGUAAAGGUAGGACGAACCAAAGCUUCUUGCAGAUGCCCAAUGCUUAGAAAACAUAAACUACAGAGAGAAUUCAAGGCUGAGAGUUUUCAACAAGAAGCCAUGGACAUUGAGGAUCUUGUUCAGCUUGGACGAGAAAUGAGAACUUGUCCAUACUACGGUUCCAGAAGAAUGGCCCCGGCAGCUGAUCUUGUUAUUCUUCCAUAUCAGUCUCUUCUAUCAAAGUCUUCACGAGAAUCUCUUGGUCUAAGCUUGAAAAAGAGUGUUGUUAUCAUAGACGAGGCUCACAAUCUGGCUGACACUCUUCUCAGUAUGCAUGAUGCAAAAAUAACAGUGUCACAGUUGGAUGAUAUACAUUGCAGUAUAGAGAGUUAUCUGGGAAGAUUCCAGAAUCUCUUGGGAGCUGGAAACCGGAGAUAUAUCCAAAUUCUUUUGAUUCUCACCCGAGCCCUCCUCAAACCCUUUACUAGUGAUACAAUUCUGAACAGCGUAAAUGUUGGACUUGAUAAUGGACACCCCUCUAAUAGCAAUCCUUGCGGUGCUUGUUCAAUGGCAAUAUAUGACUUUUUAUUUUAUCUUAAUAUAGACAAUAUCAAUUUGGUCAAGUUACUUGCCUAUAUAAAGGAAAGCAAUAUCAUUCAUAAGGUCAGUGGGUAUGGGGAGAGAGUUGCUAUGUUGCAGAAAGAUCCAGUGGCACAUGAGCAAACGAGCAAGUUAACAAGUUUUAGAGCGUUUUCUGAUAUGUUGGUGGCACUCACUAACAACAAUGGUGAUGGGCGGAUAAUAAUUUCAAGGACGAGUUCAUCUACCUCUGGCCAACAAGGAGGGUACAUCAAAUAUGUUAUGCUUACUGGAGCGAAGUUAUUUUCAGAGGUGGUGGAUGAAGCACAUGCUGUCAUAUUGGCUGGUGGGACACUUCAACCUAUAGAAGAGACAAGGGAACGACUCUUUCCAUGGCUACAAUCGAAUCAGCUGCAGUUCUUCUCAUGUAGUCACAUUGUUCCCCCUGAGAGCAUAAUGCCAAUCGCAGUUUCACAUGGUCCUUCGGGUCAGUCUUUUGACUUUAGCCACAGUUCAAGAAGCUCAACAGCAAUGAUACAGGAGUUAGGACUCUUAAUGAGCAACCUGGUGGCAGUGGUUCCUGAAGGAGUUAUCGUCUUCUUCUCCUCCUUUGAGUAUGAAACACAGGUGCACACAGCGUGGAGUAACUCAGGGAUACUCAGAAGAAUUAUAAAGAAGAAGCGUGUGUUCAGAGAACCCAGAAGAAACACUGAAGUAGAAGCUGUUCUCAGAGAUUACAAGGAAACGAUAGAAAGCGAAAGAGGGGCAAUAAUGCUAGCUGUGGUUGGUGGGAAGGUGUCAGAAGGAAUCAACUUCAGCGACAGCAUGUGCCGGUGUGUUGUGAUGGUUGGUCUGCCGUAUCCCAGCCCGUCUGACAUUGAGUUGUUAGAGAGAAUAAAGCAUAUAGAAGGUCUUGGAGAUUCUGAUUCCGCAAAACCUUCUGUGACAUUGGUUGAUGAUUCUUACUACAGUGGAGGUGUUCAAGCAGGAUUUGGCGUGUUAAAGAGCUGCAAACGGAGAGGAAAAGAAUACUAUGAAAAUUUGUGUAUGAAAGCAGUUAACCAAUCAAUCGGUAGGGCCAUCAGGCACAUAAAGGAUUAUGCAGCCAUUUUACUGGUAGAUGGUAGAUAUUCCAAUGAUCCAUCCAAAAGAACAUCACCUCCAUCCAACAAGCUCCCAAAGUGGAUCAAAGAUCGUCUUAUUUAUUCCACCAAAGGCUAUGGAGAUGUUCACAGACUGUUGCACCAAUUCUUCAAACACAAAAAUAUUGAAAAUUCAUAUGAAACAAUUCAGCAUUAGUGACAGAGUCUGUGAUUGGAGGACAUCCUUGGCACUGAGUUUCUACGUAAACCAUUAGCAAAAAAGUGGAAGGAGAAGAGCAUAUAGAAUUUCAUUUCAUCUGUUUUCUUUUGGGUUUGUAAUAAUUUUUGAAUGUCGCUGUGAUUUCUGAACUAAUAAUAUUUAACUACA